UGGCCAAUUCAAACUAUGUUGGAGAUGGUUUAAGUCAGAAAGCCGGAUAAACAAUGCCCAGGCCUAAGAGGAAAAAAAGCCUUUCCACGGACGAGGUUGGGUCAGCUCUCUUCUUUUAGCCCAUCUCUAAAAAGGAAUUAGGCCCAUCACAUUGCGGUGGCGAGAUGGCAAUUUUGUAAUCUGGCUUAUACUUAGCCGGUACUUCCUGUUUCUUCUUUUGGGAUUUGGAUAGGCUCUUCUCCCCUAUCUGUUCUAAGGAGCUUCUGGUCAUGGCGUCCUCCUCCAUCACUUCGAAUUUUUAUACCAGGUUCGAGAACCCUAUUCCAUAAAGCUUCGAUUUCCUUUGUUAGUGGUAGUAAUUUUGUGGAAAGGUUCUUGCUUGGCGCUCGGUUGGCUUCGUAUCUCAGUUUCUGUUGAACGUUUCUGGCUAGCUUAAUUACUGGAAUAUAGCUUGGGAUUCUCAGGUGAAAGGUUAUUAUUAACUACAGCGUUCUAGCCCUAGAGUUUUUAUUUGGCUUUUACGAAACCCUGCCUUCCCACGUUCGUAUGUGGAGUCAUAUAACUUCCAGUGGAGCUUUUCCUCGCUGAAAAUGUCGAGUGAACUGAACUACAUUUUGCUUCGAGAAGCACCUAUGUAAAAACAGUCGCUUUCAGAAUGUGCAGUCAGGUUACUUGCGCAAUAGUUCAAGGGAGACGAGUUACUGUCCGUAUGAUGGUUUUUUAUAAUGAAUUGAACAGAAUUUGAAUUAGCCUUCAUGGCUGAAGAUUUGUAAAAUGUGCUAGAGUAUGUUUCUUUGUUCCUUCUUUGAUCCGUUUGGUAUGCAAGUAAAUGUAGCAUGAGUUGAGGUAUCUAAAAUCUCAGAUGUAAUUUGCCUUCUGAUGUUUUCAGCAAUCUGAGAUCUGUGUUUUGGGGCGAGAGUAGCAGAAUCUGUGUAUCUCACACUCCAGUUUCUCGUUUGAGUUUCCCGAGGAGGAGUAUCGAAUGUAAGGAGUCAAGAAUUGGUAAGCUGCCGAUUCAAGUUCCAGAGAAUGUGACAAUCACAUUGGAAUCCCAGGAACUGAAAGUCAGGGGACCUUUGGGAGAACUCUCUAGGGUUUACCCCUCGGAAGUCAAGCUCGAGAGGCAAGAGGAUGGAACCAUUCGUGUUAAGAAGGCGACGGAGACCAGAAGGGCCAACCAAAUGCAUGGACUUUAUAGGUAAGCUCUCAACUCUAUUGAUUGCAUGGCUUUGCUUCCACAGUGGUUCUUUGUGUAUGAUAGGAGAAUGUGUUUGAUAGAAAACUUGCUCGAUUUUCAGAAACUGAUUGGUUCGACAUUUUGAGGACUUCUAUGAGUUAUGUAGUCUAUUUUAAGUCACGAAGAAGUUUGUGUUGGAAUUCAGCUACUGAUAUGUUAAUGACUGGAGUUUUAGUUGAUUACUGAACUCGAUGGCUAGAAGUGUGAAAUGAGUUAUCAUGUAUUGAUGUAAGCUUCUUGUUGUCAUCUAAGAAUUUGUGGUGCUCUUAGCUAGUAUAGCUGGAACAAAUUGAAAACAGAAGCUUGAGGCUGUGUUCUUGUCAAAUUUACUUACAACCUUUAAUGACUCUGACUACCCUUUGCAAAUUGGCGUCCUCUCAGGACACUUACCGACAACAUGUUGGUGGGAGUAUCGAAGGGGUUCGAGAAGAGGCUUCAGUUAGUCGGAGUUGGUUAUCGUGGAACAGUUGAAGGAAACGACUUGGUUUUAAGUCUAGGGUUUUCUCAUCCAGUUAGGAUGAAAAUUCCGGAUAACUUGAAGGUGAAGGUGGAAGAGAACACCAGAAUCAUAAUCAGUGGGUAUGACAAGUGUGACAUUGGCCUGUUUGCUGCUUCGAUUAGGCGAUGGAGGCCCCCCGAGCCGUACAAAGGUAAGGGUGUGAGGUAUGCUAAUGAGGUUGUGAGAUUGAAGGAAGGAAAAGCAGGGAAGAAGAAGUAAAUGAUUGUUUUCAUUGUUUCUUUUUGGUGUUUUUGUACUUGUAUUCGUGCCGGUGUUUUACCAGCAGUAUGAAUGAUAACCCUGACAGAAGGUCUGUCUAUGAACGAACAAAAUCAAUCAUGAGAUUAGUUUCUUCAGUGUAUUAUUUAAUGACCUCCAACUCCAUGUUCUUAUGAUGGUGAAAACUCGAGAACUUCCUCUGUUGUACAUGCUCUUUACUGAUCUCUGCCAUUGGAGAUUAGGAGAACCUGGCCAUUCAAGCUUUAAGACAUAAGACCCUUGCUAGGAACGAAACCACAAGUUAUGAAACCAAAAAGAGAAUAGAUGCAAAAGUACAGAUAAACAACCUUAGUCUGG